AUGGCUCUGAACACUUGUUUCCGAUCACUUCUCGGCUCGCGCUCAAGUUCGUUUUCCGAUCGAGCGAUUCGACAAGCAAGGCUGAUCGAGUUGGCUCGACCCAAUAAAUCAUUCUUACAACAAAGUUACUAUCACUCACUCUCAUCAUCUAUAUCGCCGCUCACCCAGGCUAGUGGAACGAGGUCGAUAUUGAGGACCAAUGCGGCCUGCCCAAUGAAUAUAUCCCACCGAGACUCGUCGAAAGUCGAUUCUAGGAUAGCACAACAACACCAGGGUAUCUUCAAUCACCAAGCUCACAAUCUCCUUCUGGGCGGAAUUCGAUUUAUCUCAAGAGGGAAUACUUAUCAACCUUCUCAAAUCAAAAGAAAACGCAGACAUGGUUUCUUGGCUCGCAUGAAAACCAAAACUGGGCGCAAGAUCAUCUUCAGGCGCAAGGCGAAGGGCCGCAAGUUUCUCACACAUUGA